AUGGCGUCAAAUCCAACGCUUCCAACGCUGCCAACGCGCGAAGCCCUCGCUAAAGAGGCUCGCAAAUACCGCAGCCUCAACUCCAUCAUGUCAUGGCUGGAUCGGUACAUAGCUUGGCCAUUACCUCCACGCCCAUCUUUAAUCCUGACAAUCCCAUCCAAAACCAGCCAAGUGCCAGGGGAAAUCCAACUCUAUUUCUUCACCGCGCCGGCUGGAGUAACAGAUGGAAGAGCAGAUAACUUAUCCGCCAAAAGACCCGUUCUUAUCAACUUCCACGGCGGCGGCUUUUCCAUCGGCCAUCCCCUGGAUGAUGCGCGGUGGUUCGGAGCCGUGCUCCACGCUCACACGGGUGCCGUGGUGGUGAGCGUAGGUUAUCGCGUCGCCCCGGAGCACCCAUUCCCCAUCGCGAUCGAAGAUGGAACCGAUGCUAUUCUCUGGCUGUGGGAGAACGCGGUGAAAUACAACCUCGACCCAGACCGAUUUGCUAUCAGCGGAUUCAGCUCCGGCGGGAAUCUAGCAUUCACCGUUCCUCUCAGACUACAUGAAGAACUUGAGAAACGACAUGUUGCGAAAACUGUCCGAUUGGCAGGUAUCGUUGCCUUCUACCCGGCCGUCGACUGGACGAAAACGCGCGACGAGAGAGAUGCAACAAAUCCUAUUGCCCCUCGCAAGUCCAUGAUUCCACAAUCUGUUUUCAAGUUCUUCGAUUCUUCUUACUUGGCCCCCGAGAAUCUGCCCAGGAAGCCCGGUUCAGAAGAGAUUGAUAUAGCCCAUCCCUAUUUAUCACCGGGCUUGACUCCCGCGUCUCUCUUGUUAGCGGCGUAUCCGCCUAUUGUUGCCAUUUACACCUGUGGAUGGGAUCAGCUCCUUGUUGAAGGGAACAAGUUCCGAGAGAGGCUGCAGAGGUUCGUUGAUGAGGGAGCGAUGAUUCACGUUGGGGGAACGGUGAUUGAGGAUGUGGUUCAUGGGUUUGAUAAGAAGCCUUGUCUCUUUAUGGGAAACCCCAAGAGGGAUCAGAUGUAUGAGGAUGCGAUAAAGCAGUUGGAGAUUAUGUGGGAGAUAAAGGACCUAUGCCGGGGAUCUGACCUGUCUGACCGAUCUGAUCGGUCUUGA